GGGAGGGUUGGAGCGACCGGCUUCUUCGCAAACGUGGGCCAGGAGGCGGCGGCUGGCCUUAGUAGGCAAGAGCCGGGCGCGUUGCAUCAGCAGAACGUGCUGGGAAGCGAACGGGAGGACGGAGCAUGAAGCUGUUCCUCAGCAAAGGCAGUCCUGGGGGGCUGAAGGUGCUGGCGGCCGCCCAAGCCACCGACGCCCCUGUGGAGCUUCGGUGGCUCCCGCAAGAUGCUCAUGUAGUCCCAUUUCUCACCCAGUCAAAGCUGCCAGCUCUGCAGCUGGACAAAGGGUCCUUCCUCUUCUCCACAAAUACUAUUUGCCAGUACUUCUUCCAUUUAUCUGGAAAAGAAAUGAGUGAUUUGGGCCUGGAGCAGAGUGAUUUUUCCAAUCAGGUGUUGGAGUGGGAUGCAACUGAGCUGGAGCCUGCUUUGUCUGCAGCCUUGUAUAUUCAUGUGGUGCAAGGAAAGAAGGGCGAGGAGGUUUUACAGAUCGUCCAGAAAUCACUAAACUACAUUGACCAGAUACUUACCAAAAGGGGCACUCCUUAUCUUACUGGGGAUGCUGAGUCAGCUGCUGAUGUUGUCUUGUGGGGAUCCCUGUUCCCUCUGUUAAGGGAAGAAUCUAUCUUGCCAGAUGAAUUGAAAGUUCUGCGGAGAUGGUUCCAGAACAUGAACCUGAAGGAGCACUGCAAGAAGGCUGUUGAAUCUGUAUGGACACCCAAAGGAUUGCUGGAACUUAAGGCAUAUCUGCAAAAACAUCCUGCUCCCAACCUGGUAUUUGAGCAGCCUGCAACUAAUGAGCCAAAGGAAGAGGAAUCUGCUGAGCGGCAUCUGUCCGAAGAGGAAAUUGCAGCCAUUGCAGAAGUCUGGGCUAGAGGGACAGUCAGCCUGCCCAAACCUUGGAAGCCACAGCACCCUAUAGUACCUGUGGAAGGCAUGAAGAACGUGCUGAUCACCAGCGCACUGCCCUAUGUGAACAAUGUGCCUCAUCUUGGGAACAUCAUCGGCUGUGUCCUCAGUGCUGACACCUUUGCCAGGUACUGUCGCCUGCGGAACUGGAACACGCUGUACAUUUGUGGUUCUGAUGAGUAUGGCACUGCCACAGAGACAAAGGCCAUGGAGGAAGGGCUGACCCCGCAGCAGAUCUGUGAUAAGUACUAUGCUGUCCACGCGCAGAUUUACCAGUGGUUCAAUAUCUCCUUUGACUUCUUCGGCCGUACCAGCACGCCCCAACAGACGACGAUAGCCCAGGGAAUUUUCCAGAGGCUGCUGGAGCACAACUACCUGGUGACACAGACAGUGGAUCAGCUGAAGUGUGAGAAGUGUGCGCGGUUCCUGGCUGACCGCUUUGUGGAGGGUAUCUGUCCCUUCUGCAACUACGAAGAGGCCCGUGGGGACCAGUGUGACAAAUGCGGCAAACUGAUCAAUGCCACUGAACUUAAGAAACCAGUGUGCAAAAUCUGCCAAGAGACUCCUGUGGUCAAGUCCUCCGAACAUCUCUUCCUGGACCUGCCCAAGCUAGAAGACAGCUUGGAGCAAUGGCUGGCGCAGUCCCAGUCCACUGGGGACUGGACUCCCAAUUCAAGAUACAUUGCCCGCUCCUGGAUCCGCGACGGUCUUAAGCCACGUUGCAUCACUCGCGACCUGAAAUGGGGCACGCCAGUCCCCUUGGAUGGCUUCCGUGACAAGGUGUUCUAUGUCUGGUUUGAUGCUCCCAUUGGCUACCUGUCCAUCACAGCCAAUUACACUGACCAAUGGGAGAAAUGGUGGAAGAACCCAGAGCAGGUUCAGCUGUAUAACUUCAUGGCCAAGGACAAUGUCCCUUUCCACAGUGUGGUGUUUCCCUGCUCAUUGCUGGGCACUGGCGAAAAUUAUACCCUGGUCAACCAUCUUAUUGCAACUGAGUACCUGAACUAUGAGGAUGGCAAGUUUUCCAAGAGUCGUGGAGUGGGGGUCUUCGGGGAUAUGGCCAAGGACACGGGCAUUCCUGCAGACAUUUGGCGCUUCUACCUGCUCUACCUGCGGCCAGAAAACCAAGACAGCUCCUUCUCUUGGAGUGAUCUCAUGAUUAAAAACAAUUCAGAGCUGCUCAAUAUCCUUGGCAAUUUUAUCAAUAGAGCUGGGUCCUUUGUGUGCAAGUUCUUUGGGGGACGUGUCCCCACCAUGGAGCUGAGCCAGGAUGACAAGUGCUUGCUGGCUCACAUCACUCUGGAGUUGCGUCAAUACAACCAGUUGCUGGAGAAGGUCAAGAUCCGUGAUGCCCUCCGCAGUAUCCUGAAUAUUGCUCGCUGUGGCAACCAGUACCUUCAGGUCAAUGAGCCCUGGAAACGCAUCAAGGGCAGUGACGCAGACAAGAAGCGGGCCAGCACAGUGAUAGGGGUGGCUGUCAACAUUGCAUCCCUGUUGUCCGUCAUCCUGCAGCCAUACAUGCCCACCAUGAGUGCCACUAUCCAAGAGCAGUUGUGUGUUUCUGCCCACUGCAAUGUGGUGACCAAUGACUUUGUCUGCACCUUGCCUGCUGGGCACCAGAUUGGCACGGUGAGCCCUCUGUUCCAGAAGCUGGAAACGGAACACAUUGAAAACCUGCGGAAGCGCUUCGGUGGUGGCCAGCUUGAAGACUUCCCAUGGAGUCCAAAGCAAAAAGCAGCUGCACAUGAUAAAGCAGCAGUGGGAGCAAAGGAACUUCAAUAAGAAGUGGGUAAACAGGAUAACUACAGAUAGAUGCCACCAUCUUGAUGCAAGCAGAACUCCAGAAGCAGCUCAACUUGGUUGAUGGGAAAGGGAAAAAGACAAAGCAAGCUGCUGUGCAGCAUCUCCUUUCAAAGAGACUCAGAAUCAACUUGCAGCAGUGGUCACUGUCUGAACUUUGGUGAAGGGAGAGGCCGCACUUUCUCCUGUUUUCACACCACUGUACUACUUUAGCCCCCCUCCCUAUUUUGUAAUUACCAUGAAUUCCAAAGUCUUUGAAAUGCUGAGUUACAUGGUACAAAAUAAAUAUUUUAUUUGAUUAAGUA